AUGCCUUUAUCAGAAAUCGCACAUAUUGAUAAAACUACCCAAGAACAUCAAAAUGUUUCUACAAUUAAUAAAGGUAAACAAACAAUAUCUACCACUGCCGUCGUUAUUCAAAAGGAUUCGACUACUCAACAUUCAAAUAAUAACCCCAGUAGUAAUGGUGGUGGUGGUAUUAAAAGUAUUAAAUAUGAGAAUGGUAACGACAUUAGUUAUAAUAAUGGCAACAAUGACUCUAGUAAUAAUUCUGCCACUAUUAAUUCUAAUAAACCUGCUUCUGCCAAUCUGAAAUCGUCACCUCCACAUAAUAAUAAUCAAACUAUUAACGUAUCAGUACUUUCUCAAUCUAAAGCAUCUUCGUCAUCAGAGAACCAAACAGAGCCAUUGGAAUCAGCUCCACCUACCACGGGAAGUUUUAAUCAAUUUUCUAUAAAUCAAGAAAAAUCAAACAACGCAUCACAAAAUAACUCUCCUCAAUCUCAAUCAAAACCUAAACCAUUUACUUGUCUUGAGUGUAAUCAAACAUUUAGUCGCCAACACAAUUUAAAAUCACAUGCAUUAACACACUCUAAAGAAAAACCAUACAGAUGUGAUGUUUGUCAACAUUUUUUCCGUAGACAGCAUGAUUUGAAAAGACACUUAAAAUUACAUACCGGUGAAAAACCUCAUCAAUGUCAACACUGUAAAAGAAAAUUUGCAAGAAUGGAUGCAUUGAACAGACAUUUACGUGCUGAAACCUUUUGUGGUGGCCCGCAGAAAAAAAUCUUUCAAGGCCAAGACUCAAAGACAAAGAUAGAAUUGUCUGUUCAACAGCCACUUCAACAAGCUACGCCACAACAAAUCUCACAGCCACAGCUACCUUCUUCUACUUCUAUUAUUCCCGCCUCUCAACCACAACCCCAACCUGGAAAAGCCACACAAGUACAAAUCCAUCUCCCUCAAUCAAAUAACAAACAAUCUUUGCAACAAAUUCUACCACAACAACAAAAUAAUCUGAAGCAUCAUUCAUCACGAGGAGGAAAAGAAAAUGUUCAACCUCAAAGAAUUUACUAUGAUGGUGACGAUGACAAACAUAAAAAUAAAAAUAUUCUUUUAAAAUAUUGGACAUACAUGGCUAGAAAAAAAGAAAGUCCACAUCUCUUCACGUAUUUAUUGUUUGCUGCAAAAAGUUCAUUAAUUAAAUUAAAUAAUGAUUUUGAGAAAGCAAAAGCUUUUUUAGUUGAACUUUAUAAGACCAAAGAAAUAAGGCACUAA